AUGCCAGUAGAUAUCUAUAGAAAUAAUGAUUAUCAAGUCUUAUCAAUCAAUACUAGCAAGUCAACUGAAUAUCAAAUUCGACGAAUGCGUCUAACUGAUAUUGACACAUUAGUUAAAAUUGAGCAAAUCACUUGGCCGAAUGAAUCAUGGCCUUUUGAAACAUUUUUUGAUCAUAUUAUUCAUCCAUUUUGGCAUUGUUGGAUACUUGAAAGUACUAACAAUGAUAAUUUAAUACUUGGAUAUGGUCUUCAAUAUGUAUACAAAAGUGUAUCCCAUAUAGCAAAUUUAUGUAUUGAUCCUAAUCAACGUGGUCGUGGUUUAGGUAAAAUACUUUUACGUUAUAUGAUAGAUCAUUCUCGUCUAUUUGGUGCUUCUGCUAUUGAACUUGAAGUAAACACAUCAAAUAUACCUGCAUAUAACUUAUAUUAUAAACAUGGUUUUAUAAUAAUUGAACUUCUAGAACAAUAUUAUUCAGACAAUACAGAUGCAUAUCGUAUGCAGUUGUCUAUUGAUAGAACUUCUUAG